AUGCAGCUAGCCUGUGUGUCCCCACCAAAGGGGCGUGGCAGAGACAUUGAGGUGGAAGAUCCAGCCACGCCCCCCUGGCCUGAGUGGCUGACCUCUGGCGUUGGUCAUACCUGCCCAUUUUGUGGCAAGACCUUCCUGAAGAAGUUCAAUCUGGUGACUCAUGUGCGCAUCCACACUGGUGAAAGGCCUUUCCAGUGUCCUCACUGUCCAUACCGAGCCAACCACUGCUCCCAUCUGAAGUCUCAUGCUUGCCAUGAUGGAGGCGUUGUGAGUGCCAGUAGGAUACCACCUCCGUCAGGGUUUGGGGCAGAUGGGAAGCACCUCAGACUGACUUGCCCCUAUUGUGGGCACACCAGUCGGGACAGCUACGACUUGAAGAAACACAUAAGAACUCAUACUGGAGAGAAACCAUAUGCUUGCCCACAUUGCCAAUAUAGAGCAAGCACUAGUAGUAGCAUCAAGUCUCACAUGGACCGUCAUCAUUGGCAUCACUGA